AAAUCUCAUUCGAUAGGAAAAUAGGUUUAAAUACCCAAUUGUGUUUCUAAAAAUAUUACGUACUACUCGUUACCGUUCCUGUUCGUAAAAUAACACUAACACUAUUACAAAAUACAAGUUCUGCUGUAGAUAGAUAAUAAUAAUGGACAGAGAGGGCAUUCCCGACUUUUUAAACUGCUUCAUCCACACAGACACACACUCCGAACACCAUUCAAAGUGUAGUAAACAAAUUAAGCUGAACGCAAAUGGCGGCCGCCUUACAACUCUCCCUUUCCUCCUCUUUCCUCGCAUCCCCUCUCCCCUCCUCCACCCUCAGACCCACCGCCAGUCGCCCACUCCGCAGACUCCUUAUCUCCUCCGCUACCGCUCCUUCAUCAUCAUCAUCAACAACAUUGAAUUUGCCCAAGAAAAAGCACUGGAAAGUAGGGGAAUACCCUGGUGUCUCUGAAGCCUCCAUCACACAUUUCUCCAGCAAUAACAAGAAUAGAACCCCCAUUAAGAAUAUCAAGAAAAAGCUGGACAAGAAGAAUAAUGCCAAAGCAUGGGCUAAUACAGUCACCGAAGCUCUCUCUGACGCCAUUGACAAAAAGCAAUGGCUCCGUGCCCUUCAGGUGUUUGAGAUGCUAAAGGCGCAACCUUUUUACCAACCAAAAGAAGGGACAUAUAUGAAGCUCCUUGUUCUUCUUGGGAGAUGUGGACAACCUGGGCAAGCCUGUCAGCUCUUUGAUGAAAUGCUUGAAGAAGGACUGGAACCAACAGCGGAACUCUACACAGCUUUGGUUGCUGCGUGUUGCAGGAGCAAUCUGAUUGAUAAAGCUUUUGCCAUUCUUGAACAAAUGAAGUCUCUUCCUCUUUGCCAGCCUGAUGUCUACACCUACAGUAUACUGAUUAAAGCAUGUGUUGAUGCUUCUCGUUUUGAACUAGUUGACUCUCUUUAUGAUGAAAUGGCCGAACGAUUAAUUACCCCAAACACUGUAACUCAAAAUAUAGUGUUGAGUGGUUAUGGGAAGGCAGGAAAAUAUGAGGAGAUGGAGAAGGUUCUUUCCAGGAUGCUUGAGAGUACGACAAGCAAACCUGAUGUAUGGACUAUGAAUACCAUUAUUAGCUUGUUUGGUAACGAGGGUCAGAUUGAAAUGAUGGAAAGGUGGUAUGAAAAAUUUCGGAAUUAUGGAAUAGAGCCAGAAACUCGCACUUUUAACAUUUUGAUUGGUGCUUAUGGGAAGAAAAGGAUGUAUGAUAAGAUGUCAUCUGUGAUGGAGUACAUGCGUAGACUUUCAUUUCCCUGGACAACCUCAACCUACAACAAUGUAAUUGAGGCAUUUUCGGAUGCUGGUGAUGCGAAACACAUGGAAUACACAUUUGAUCAGAUGCGUGCUGAAGGCAUGAAGGCGGACACCAAGACCUUCUGCUGUCUUAUCAGAGGUUACGCCAAUGCUGGCCUCUUUCAUAAAGUGAUCAGCAGUGUUCAGUUGGCUGGAAGAUUGGAGAUACCAGAGAAUACGUCGUUCUUUAAUGCAGUCAUAUAUGCUUGCUCAAGGGCAGAAGAUAUAAUGGAGAUGGAAAGAGUUUUCAAGAGAAUGAAAGAUAAGCUAUGCCAACCAGAUUGUACGACUUACUCUAUGAUGAUGGAUGCAUACAGGAAGGAAGGUAUGAGUGACAAGGUCUAUGAUUUGGAGCAAGAAAUGCAGAUGAUGACUGGUAAGACUUGCAAAGAAUACCAUGAUGUUGAAACAGACGCUGCUCCUGACGGCGAGAAAGUGCUGUUAAUCUGAGUGUUGGUCGAAUUAGUUUGUGGGACAAAGCAAUAAGUGUCUUUGAGCAGGGUCAGGAUAUGCAUGUCCAAAGUGGAUAAAUAAACUAAAGUCCUGCUCGAGGUGUUAAUCCUAAUGAUUGAGGUAGCCUCAUUGGAUAAUUUUGGGAUAACUGGAAGCUAAAUUGUAUGUUUCCCAUCUGGUCUGAUGAAGAUGAAGCCUUACACGGGUCUAGAGGAAUAUGUGGUGCUGUGAGCUAAAGAAGAAUUGGCAACAACAUAAACCUGGCAUUUACAAUUGUAACUGGAUGAUAUUGGAACCUCUAAAAUGUCAAUUUUGCUUCUUUAAGUUAAUAUGAUUGAUUUCCAUGCUAAUACAAUUCACAGUACUUGUAUA